AUGGAAUGUGAGAGCUGCAAUAAUAUAAUGUGUGAAGAAUGUAUUAAGUCAUUGAAGAAAAGAGAUUGCCCCUCUUGUAGAAAGGAACAGUUUGUAUUCAAGCAAAGUAUUUUAGCUAGGAGACUUAUCGGAACACUCCCUGCUGAUUGUCCUAAUGGCUGCGGAGAAAAGUCCACUAUUGGUAAUAUUGAUUAGCACCUAAGAAAGUGUCCUUUAAGAGUACAUGUGUGCUAAGUAGAUAAAUGCCCAUUUGAGGGUAAAAAGGAUGAGUUUUUGUAGCAUCUUGUAGAAAGCCAUGAUUUAGUGUUGAUAAGAUAAUAUGAUGCAACUAGUUAAUCAACUAUAGAGGAAGAAAAUAAAACUCAAGAAGUUGAAUCGACUGAGAUGAGUGGGAAAUUUAAUUUAAAUUUUGAUAGAGUUGGCAGUAUGAGAAAUGAAAAAGGAAAGUUGGCUAGAUUAGGGGAGAGUGGAAAGUAUUACUGCGGUGGUCCAUUAGAAACUGAUUGCAUGUGCUGCAAUGGUUAUUGUGGUCCAGGUAAUGGAUGCAAUUGCUAAUACUGUAUGAAGCUUGAUAUGCAAGUGAGAAUGGUUCCUAAAGGUUAUUUGGUAAACAGAGAGGGUGCAAUGUGCAGAAAAGGAACAACCAGCAAUUAUUACUGUGGAAGACUUUGCAUGAAAGGAGUAGCAUUUUGUGACGGAUAUUGCGGGCCAACUAAUGGCCCUGCUUGUCCAUCUUGUAAACUAAUCAAUACUCAAGCAAACGAUAGAUAUCGGAACUUAAUUUGA